UCUGGAAUUGCCCUGCUGUAUAACAAGGAGACCAGUAACACUUAUGAUGUCCGUCUAAAGCUGACAAAAGAGGUGUUAACCAUACAGAAGCUGGAUGUGGUUUGUACGAGAGGGGGUGACCCACAAUUCAAUAACUGUCGUACUCCGAAGACAGGCAGCUGGAGGUCUGGGUCUAAGCAUCAAAGGAGGCGCUGAGCAUAAAGUGCCUGUGGUCAUUUCAAAGAUGUUUAAAGAUCAAGUAGCAGACCAAACUGGGAAGCUAUUUGUUGGGGACGCUAUGUUACAGAUCAAUGGCAUUAAUGUCGAACAUUGUAGUCAUGAAGAAGUUGUUCAUCUCCUGCGGAAUGCCGGUGAGGAAGUCACCAUCACUGUUCGGUACCUCAGGGAAGUUCCAUCUUUUUUAAAGCUCCCAUUGGGCUCCCCUGUACCACCCGCUGAUCAAAGUAGCAGAGUCUCUUCACCUCUAUUUGACAGUGGUUUACAUUUAAAUGGGAAUUCUAGCAACACAGCUCCAUCCUCGCCCUCCUCACCCUCGGCUAAUGAACCAAAGUAUGAGAAGCGCUGGCUGGAUGCAGUGUCCCUACCCUUGUUGAUGGCCCGAGUCUCCAGAUACAAAGCCGGAACGGAUAAAUUAAGGUCGAACAGCUUUGAAGUCUGCGCCUUAGAUGGAGCGAGCAUCAAUAUUCUACAAUUUUGCACUGCAGCAGAAAGCACUGACUGGCUUCAAGCAAUAUCAACCAAUAUCAGUGAUUUGACACUGGAGAAUAUGAAAAUGAUUAACAGAUAUUGCUCUCCGGAUGAUCAGAUUGUCCACAUGGGUUGGGUGUGUGAAAACCCUCAAGCUAAUGAUGCUGGUCCAUCAAGUACCUUCAAGUUCCUGGCAUUGAGAGGCCCUUCGCUGUACGUCUUCAGGAGUCCUCCUGUUAGUGCAACUGACUGGGGACAAGCUGAAACCACGUAUAUCCUUUAUGAGGUUAUGUUCAAGGUUCACAAGCUAUGGAUGGCAGAGGACUGCUGGAUCCAGGCCAGGUUCUACCUUGGACUCCAGCAGGACGAGGACCUGCAGGACGGAGAGCCUUUCUGUUUCAGUAUCCUGGUCGGCCACGGCCAGAGCCACACCUUCAGUGUGGAGACGACCGCUGAGCUCGCUGUGUGGGAGAAGUCCUUCCAAACAGCCGUCUUCAUGGAGGUGCAGAGAGUCGGGUCCAAGACCUACAUGUGCAGCAGCCAGGGUAAAGUACUGUGUUUGACCAUAGACUUUGGAUCUGGCUUCACUUGUUCCGAGAGCUCCUCGAAGAAGAUAUUAUGGAGAUACAAAUUCUCUCAACUGAAAGGCUCCUCUGAUGAUGGGAAAACAAGGGUGAAGCUCCUCUUCAAGAAUUCUGAAAACAAACAGAUAGAGAGGAAGGAGCUGGAGUUUUCCAAUCUGACGGCAGUCCUACAUUGUAUUCAUUCUUUUAUCGCUUCCAAAGUGGCCUCUGUGGACCCUGUCUUUGUCAACAGUCAAAGCAUCUCUGGAAAGUACAUGGGUUAGACACUUGUUUGUGUUGUCAUGUACAGUUUAGUCACAUGAGCUAAUUGACUAUUUUAUGCACAUUCAAAUUCAAUUGAUAUGUAUAUCUUGUUCCUGUUAUUUUUGUAAGGCUCUUGUUAAAUAAUAAUAAGGAAAAUAUUUUAAAAAACAUAUUUGACUUUGGAAGUAGAGGAUAUUUAUACUUCCAUUAAUUGGUUGUUAUUGACAUUGGAGUAUGAAUAUGUUUAAAAAUCCAUGCAGAUUUUUUUCCAUGCAGAAAAACAUAUUUAUGGGUUGCAUGUUUCGUAACAAUAUUGUUUUGAGCGUUAGUUUUGAACUGAUCCCCGACUGAGCAUUCUACUCAAAGCAUCAUCAAUGAGAGCUGAUGAAGAUUUAAUCAAAAGUGCAUUACAGUAGCUUGGAAAUACAACGACGUUCAGAAGGAGGCAAUUAUUUAGUAGGAAAACCUUUUGUCAUCGUUUUGAUGUCACCAGAUUGACUUUAGAUGCAGUGUAGCGCUAGCAAAGAUUGAGGGGAGGCCACCAGAUUUUAUCUAGCUAACGUUACCAUUGCUAUUUUUCUUUUUACAAACUUUGAUAGCUAAAUGACAACAUUGCCAUCUGUCUAAAGUCAAUUUGACGACACGAUAAUGCUGGCAAAGUUGUUUCCUACUAAAUAGUUGACUACUUUAGCGAUGUCAUCAUAUUUCCAGGCACUAUAGUGUAAUUUAGACGAUACAAGUAGUUAGCCCAGAACGACUGGGCUUAUCACCACUUUAGGGCACCACUAUGGCCCAGCCGAUAGAGGGCUUGGAGAACGUUCAUAACAAUGGCGUGACGCGACCGAGUGACGGAGGUGCAACCUAUGAAUAGGCCUACAGUCACAAAGAUGUUGGUUCCACUUCAAAGUUUUUGAAUUCAUGUGUUGAUGCAAGGUAAACAUUUUUUCAUAGUUGCAAAGUAAAAGCAGAACAGAUUAAACUGUACGAAUCAAUACACAUGAAAACAUUUUUUGCAAUUAGUAUUCUACUGGGCUAUACCCUCUGGUUAAUUUAACUUAUUCCAUGACUUCUGCAUGACUACAGAUAGUGUGGCUGCAGCAUGAUUUGGGGAAAAGAGUGUCUGGAGAGUUUCUGUUGAGGCCCACAAAUGCAGGUCUUGGUGGAGGCGUUCAUGACACCAGAGGGUGUUUUAGUUUAUAUAGAUAGUCACUGCUAGUCACUGAUAUUCUCCCAUAACAGAGGGUUGUGUGGAAUGACAAACACUGGGAAAGAAGAUGCAGGUUUAUUGUAGCAAUGGUGUCUUACUGUAUCCGUCAGGUGACUACAAUGUUAGUUUGUGAAACUAAAUCAACAUGUAUGUUUUACGUUUUGUAAUCCUUUAUUUAGUGUGAAGCCAUGCAGUUUGACAGUCAUUACAAAGCUUACAGACAUACACAUCUAUAUGUAUAUUCACUCAGCCUCUUUUGUUUUCUUAUCCAUUACAAAAUAA